CGUAAAAGUUGAAAUCAAUUUACAAGAAAAUCACCCUUUCGUCUUUCUUCAGUCUUCACCGAUAAAAUGCACAAACCCAGGAACCUUCUUUGAGUCGUGUCCACCUUCAAUUAAAAACCCAGGAACAUAUUCUUGACGAUUUUUUGGGCAAUGUUCUUGAUACCUUUUAAAACCCUCACAUUGUUGAUCUAUUAAGAAAACCCCAAAUAAUAAUCAAUGAAUACCGAUCAAGAAAACCUGAAGAAUGUGGAAAAAUCGGGUACCGAUGAACUCGACUGGUCGCUAAAUCUUAACGAUUUCGAACUGAAUCUAAUUCGUGAGAUUAUCAGCAGCGGCGACAUCGCCACAGUACUACAACUGCAACACCAUCAAUCAAAAUCGCCAGAAAAUUCAACAAAUUUUCCGGCAACGGGUACGACUGCAACUCCUCCCGUAGACGAGGCAAUGAACAUGGAAUUCACAGCAAGGCAAUGCAAUGAGAUGGUGGUUUCCGGUUUAAAGGAUCGCCGACCUCCGCCACAAUCACUGCAAAAGAAGAGGUACAGAGGCGUUUGUCUACGGCGGUCAGGAAAAUUCUCGGCUGAGAUAUGUGCACGAGGUAGGAGGCGGUGGCUGGGGACGUACGAUACGGCGGAGGAAGCUGCUAUGGCGUUCGAUCGAGCAGCUUUUAAGGAACGUGGAUCACAUACUGUUCUUAACUUCCCGGAUUUGAUCGGAAACCUAAAUGUAAGCCCUGAAAAAGAUACCAACAAGAAACUAUCGCUGUGGUCGGAGGGUUCACCGGAAUCAUCAACAAACAACCACACCUGAAGCGGAAAAGCGCCGCCGUUUAAAUCAUUAUUUUUAUCUGAAACACAAGUGGGGAGUUCAUGAAUAUCUAGUGUCUAGUGAACCGUUUUUUUCUUUUU